UCUCUGGCGUAUCGAUGGCAAGAACGCCGACGCCGACGCCGUCAACCGCAAUCAGAACAACCGCGACAUCAUCCACGACUCAUCGGCGCACCUGAAGGAUAUCGGGUCCGACCGUAGUGAUCUGUUUCUAGACUUUUUGCUCAAGAAAAGGAAAAGUGUGAUCCGUGAAAAAGCACCCGCUGUUGGUGUCAGUUGAACAGAACGAUUCUAGUGAUUGGCGAUUAAAGACUGUUGAAAUAUAGUGUGUUUGCAAAAUGAAACUGUUUUUGCUAACACUUGCCAUCUUGGCAUCCUCCGCACGAGCAGAGUUUGAUGGAUAUGAAUACCCAAAACCAAGCUGCCCCUUCCAAUCUUCGAUAAGUGUGGUCACCGAGUACUCAACAACGUACAAAACAAGCACCGUUGUUCGAGAACAACCACCAAGAACGCAAACUGUGACUUCAUCUCUGGUUGUAACGACUGCAAUCCCUCAGCCCGUUCCUGUUAUCUCAACAGUCACCAAAUUGGUUGAACGAACUGUGACUGUCCAGGCUCCUCCGCCUCGUCCGCAGAUUGUCACAACAACCUUGCCUGGUCAAGUUAUUGCUACAACUCGAACAACAACCGUCAUUCAGCCAACUCCAGUCUACACGACUGUAACAAGCACUGAAGUCAGAAAUCCACCACCAGUUACUCUUACCCCGAGAGUAGUCACAGUAACGGCUCCUGGACAAACUGUAACCAGGAAGGACGUCACAACCGUAACCCGAACGAAUGCUGUUGUGUCCCGUGCCACCGAAUAUGUUUCCAUUCCUGGACCAACUGUGACACUUCCCCCUCAGACAACUACCGUGAUCAGAACGCAGCCUCCAGUUACUCGAACGCAAACUAACGUUCAAACAAAGACCACUCCAGUUGUCCAGUUCGUGACACAAACUGUUCCACCAAAGACUACAACUCUCGCUGUCCGAACCGAAAUUCGUACGACAACACUGCCACCAGUCACUGUGACGACGACUUCGACAAUCGCCACGCCCACCCCAGUUUACAGUACUGUGGUUCAAGCCACCACAAUCAGUGCACCACCACCACCACCAGUGACCAAGUUCAUUACUAGCACCGUGACUCAACCUCCGGUGACUCGCACCGUCCCCGUUACCACGACCUUGACCCAACGGGACGUGCAGACCCAGACACGUAUCGUAACCAGCACCAUUGCUAAACCGGUUUACCAGACGGCCACCACAACCAUUCAGCCACCUCCGGUCAUUGCCACCGUAUGCACUCCGACCAAUGCCUACCUACCAAUCGAAGCAAGCCGAGCUUACACGGGACCACAACAGUUUGGGCAGCAACAGCAGCAGUACGAGGAUUACCAGCUUCGAUACAACGACAUCUAUCCGUACGGCAACUAAACCACCAAACACCAUGGGAGAGGUGUCGUAAAGAAAGGGACCUCAAAGUCAUCAACGUCGAAAUUAGUCAACAACAUCAAAAAGUCUCGGCUAUUCAUACAAAGUGAUUGUUCGUUAUGAUAAUGAAGAUUGAGCUAUUUCCAGCGGGCAGCUAAAGAAAGUGAUAGAAUAAAAGAACAAUUUUUCAU